AUGAGAGCUACUCAGAGCAGACAGAAGUCAUACGCAAAUAAGAGUAGGCGGCCUUUAGAGUUUCAAGCUAGGGAUCAUGUAUUCCUCAGAGUGACACCGAUGGCAAGUAUUGGAAGGGCUAUCAAAUCAAGGAAGUUAACUCUGAGGUUUGUUGGACCCUAUCAAAUUUUGAGGAGGAUUGGCGUUGCAGCUUAUGAGAUUGCCUUACCACUGCACUUGGCGAAUCUGCAUAAUGUAUUUCAUGUUUCUCAGUUGAGGAAAUACAUAGCAGAUCCAUCGUAUGUACUAGAGUCAGACGAUAUCCAGAUCCGGGAAGACUUGACGGUGAACACCGAACCAGUGCAGAUUCUCGACUCGCAAGUGAAAAAGCUGCGAGGGAAGAAGAUCAAGACCGUGAAAGUGCUUUGGGAUGAGGCUACUCCAAAGAUGACUUGGGAGAUGGAGGAUCACAUGAGGCAAUCCUACCCGCACUUGUUUCUUGGUAAGUCCUAUUUUCGAGGACAAAAAUCAAUAAAGGUCGGGGGAAUGUAA